AUGUCUCUCUCCAACAAGCUCGCUAUCACUGACGUCGACCUCAAGGACAAGCGUGUCUUGAUCCGCGUCGACUUCAACGUCCCCCUCGACGCCGAUAAGAAGAUCACCAACAACCAGCGUAUCGUCGGGGCUCUCCCCACCAUCAAGUACGCCGUCGAGAAUGGCGCCAAGGCGGUCAUCCUCAUGUCCCACCUGGGCCGCCCCGACGGCAAGGCCAACCCCAAGUACAGCCUGAAGCCCGUGCAGGCCGAGCUCGAGAAGCUGCUGAACAAGUCCGUCAUCUUCACCGAGGACUGCGUCGGCAAGGAGGUUGAGGAGACCGUCAACAAGGCCAGCGGCGGCCAGAUCAUCCUCUUGGAGAACCUGCGGUUCCACGCCGAGGAGGAGGGCAGCUCCAAGGAUGCGGAGGGCAAGAAGGUCAAGGCUGACAAGGAGAAGGUGGCUGAGUUCCGCAAGGGAUUGACUGCUCUGGGUGACAUCUACAUCAACGAUGCUUUCGGCACUGCCCACCGUGCCCACUCUUCCAUGGUCGGCGUUGACCUUCCCCAGAAGGCUUCGGGAUUCCUGGUCAAGAAGGAGCUGGACUACUUCGCGCAGGCGCUGGAGAGCCCUCAGCGGCCCUUCCUGGCCAUCCUGGGCGGAGCCAAGGUCUCCGAUAAGAUCCAGCUGAUCGAUAACCUGCUGCCCAAGGUCAAUAGCCUGAUCAUCACCGGCGCCAUGGCCUUCACCUUCAAGAAGACCCUGGAGGGCGUCAAGAUCGGCAACAGUCUGUUCGACGAGGCCGGCAGCAAGAUCGUCGGCGAGGUCAUGGAGAAGGCCAAGAAGCACAACGUCAAGGUUGUCCUGCCCGUCGACUACAUCACCGCCGACAAGUUCGCCGAAGAUGCCCAGACCGGCAAGGCCACCGACGCCGAGGGUAUCCCCGACGGCUUCAUGGGUCUGGACGUCGGUGAGAAGAGUGUCGAGCUCUACAAGGAGGUCAUUGCUGAGGCCAAGACCAUCCUCUGGAACGGCCCCUGCGGUGUCUUCGAGAUGAAGCCCUUCGCCAAGGGUACUGAGGAGACCCUUGACGCCGUCGUCAAGGCCGCACAGUCCGGCUCCAUCGUCAUCAUCGGUGGUGGUGACACCGCCACCGUUGCCGCCAAGUAUGGCGUUGAGGACAAGCUCAGCCACGUCUCCACUGGUGGUGGCGCCUCCCUCGAGCUCCUCGAGGGCAAGGACCUUCCCGGUGUCUCUGCUCUGUCGAGUAAGUAA